GGGAGGGGGCGGCGGGGAGGUAGCAGCCGCGUCCGCCAUCUUGUCGCCGAGGAGCCGAGAGGAGCGGGCGGGACCCGGCGGCGGGGCCUGGACAGCAUCAUUGAUGUCCAGCCCCCCGCUGUCCAAGAAGCGCCGCGUCUCCGGGUCCGAGACACCGACGGGCGCUCCCCGCGCCGCCGCCCCCGCCGCGUCCCCCAGCGUCACCCCGCCAACGUGAGGCAUGGCCAGGAACGGGGCUGAGGCCGAGAUCGAUGAGGGGCUCUACUCCCGACAACUGUACGUUCUGGGUCACGAAGCGAUGAAGCGGAUGCAGACGUCCAACGUGUUGGUGUCGGGAUUGCGCGGCCUCGGCGUAGAGGUGGCGAAGAACCUGGUGCUCGGGGGGGUCAAAUCCGUCACCCUCCACGACCCCCAACCCGCCGCCUGGGCCGACCUGGCCUCCCAGUUUUAUCUGCGCGAGGAGGAUGUGGGGCAGAACCGGGCGGAGGCGACGCUGCCGCGUUUGGCCGAACUCAACGCCUACGUGGCCGUCAGCAGCGCUCGGCAGCCGCUCACCGAGGACUUCCUCGAGCCCUUCCAGGUGGUGGUCCUCACCAACUCUCCGCUGGAGGAGCAGCUCUGGGUGGGCGACUUCUGCCACAGCCGCGGCAUCAAACUGGUGGUGGCCGACACGCGGGGGCUCUUCGGGCAGCUCUUCUGCGACUUUGGGGACGAUCUGGUGGUGACGGACCCCAACGGGGAACAACCGCUCAGCGCCAUGGUGUCCAUGGUGACCAAGGGCUGCCCGGGGGAGGUGACGUGCCUGGACGAGGCGCGGCACGGCUUCGAGAGCGGAGACUUCGUCACCUUCACGGAGGUGGAGGGCAUGGAGGAACUCAACAGCUGCGGCCCCGUCCAGAUCCGAGUCCUCGGGCCGUACACGUUCAGCAUUGGGGACACGAGCGGUUUCGGGGACUACGUGAGAGGGGGAAUCGUCACCCAAGUGAAGAUGCCCCAACACAUCCGCUUCGCGCGGCUGCGGGAGGCGCUGCAGGACCCGCAGACGGUGGUGACGGAUUUCGGGAAGGCGCAGCGGCCGCGGGUGCUGCACCGCGGUUGGCAGGGGCUGCACCGCUUCCUCCAGCUCCACGGGCGGCCCCCGCGCCCCCGCCACCAGGGGGACGCGGCCGAGGUGGUGGCGCUGUCGCGAGCGGUGGCUCCGGGGGAGGACCUCGACGAGGAGCUCCUGCGGGAAUUGGCCUUCGAGGCCACCGGAGAUCUGGCGCCCGUCAACGCCUUCAUCGGCGGCGUCGCCGCGCAGGAGGUCAUGAAGGCGGUGUCGGGGAAGUUCACCCCCAUUACGCAGUGGCUCUACUUUGACGCUCUCGAGUGUCUUCCGGAGGAGAACAAAGAGACCCUUCUGACCGAAGAGCAGUGCCGACCGCGCAACAGCCGCUACGAUGGGCAAAUCGCCGUCUUUGGGGCGGAGCUUCAGGCCAAGCUCAGCGCUCAGAAGUACUUUGUGGUGGGCGCCGGCGCCAUCGGUUGCGAACUGCUCAAGAACUUCGCCAAUGGGUUGGGCUGCGGCGCCGACGGCUCCGUCACCGUCACCGACAUGGACACCAUCGAGAAGUCCAACCUCAACCGACAGUUCCUCUUCCGCCCCUGGGACGUCACGAAGCUGAAGUCGGAGCGGGCGGCGGCCGCCGUGCGGGAGAUGAACCCGGCGCUGCGCAUCACCAGCCGCCCCGACCGCGUCGGCCCCGACACCGAACGCGUCUACGACGACGACUUCUUCGAGGCCCUCGACGGCGUCGCCAACGCUCUGGACAACGUGGACGCCCGGCUCUAUAUGGACCGUCGCUGCGUGUAUUACCGGAAGCCGCUGUUGGAGUCGGGGACGUUGGGGACGAAGGGCAACGUGCAGGUGGAUCCCUUCCUCAGCGAAUCCUACAGCUCCAGCCAAGACCCUCCCGAGAAGGCGAUUCCCAUCUGCACCCUCAAGAACUUCCCCAACGCCAUCGAGCACACCCUGCAGUGGGCGCGAGAUGAGUUCGAGGGACUCUUCAAACAACCGGCGGAGAAUGUCAAUCAGUACCUGACGGACCCGCGUUUCGUGGAGCGGACGCUGCGGCUGGCGGGGACGCAGCCGCUGGAGGUGCUGGAGGCGGUGCAGCGCAGCGUGCUGAGCGAGCGGCCGCGCUCCUGGGCCGACUGCGUGGCGUGGGCGUGCCGCCAUUGGCACCGCCAGUACAGCAACAACAUCCGGCAGCUGCUCCACAACUUCCCGCCCGGGCAGAAGACGAAUUCGGGGACUCUGUUCUGGUCGGGGCCGAAGCGCUGCCCUCACCCUUUGGUGUUCGACCCCGACAACGCGCUGCAUUUGGACUACGUGAUGGCGGCGGCGAACCUGUUUGCGCAGAGCUACGGCCUCGGGGGGUCGCGGGACCGCGCGGCCGUCGCUGAGCUGCUGCGCCACGUCCAGCGUCCCCCCUUCACCCCCAAAGCCGGAGUGCGCAUCCACGUCUCCGACCAAGAGCUGCAGAGCGCCAGCGCCAGCCCUCGGAGGCUGAAGGCGUCGCUGCCGAGUCCUGAGGAGCUCUCGGGGUUCCGGAUGUUCCCCAUCGACUUCGAGAAGGACGACGACACCAACUUCCAUAUGGACUUCAUCGUCGCCGCUUACCUCCGAGCGGAGAACUAUGACAUCCCCCCCGCUGACCGCCACAAGAGCAAACUGAUCGCGGGGAAGAUCAUCCCGGCCAUCGCCACCACCACGGCGGCCGUGGUGGGCCUGGCCUGCCUGGAGCUCUACAAGCUGGUCCAGGGCCACCGCCGCUUGUCCUCCUACAAGAACGCGUUCCUCAACCUGGCGCUGCCCUUCAUCGGCUUCUCGGAGCCGCUCGCCUGUCCCCGCAACAAGUACUACGAGGUGGAGUGGACGCUGUGGGACCGCUUUGAGGUUCAGGGGCUGCAGCCCGACGGGCAGGAGAUGACCCUGCGCCAGUUCCUCGCCUACUUCAAGAAGGAGCACCGCCUGGAGAUCACCAUGUUGUCCCAAGGAGUCUCCAUGCUCUACUCCUUCUUCAUGCCGGCGGCGAAGCUGCGCGAACGCCACGACCAACCGAUGACGGAGAUCGUGACGAGGGUCUCCAAGAAGAAGUUGGGGCGUCACGUCAAGGCCUUGGUCUUCGAGUUGUGCUGCAACGACGACAGCGACGCCGACAUCGAGGUGCCCUACGUCCGCUACACCAUCCGCUGAGCUCCGCCCACUUCCGGCCACGCCCACUUCCGGUGUCCCUUCUUCCCCCUUUUUCCCUUCGCCCCUCCCCAACAUCCUCCAUCCCCAACGUUGUGUUGGCGAAGGGGCCACCAAUAAACCCAUCCCGGCACCACCCGCGGGGCAAGA